AAAAGAAUUAAAAUCUACAACAUGAUAGCAUUGAUAAAAGUUUUAAUUAAAUACCUAACUUAAUUCGUAGGUGCCCUAUAAAACCCCAGGUUGCAAUAAUAAUAUUAAACAUAAUAAUUGAAAUAGUGACAGCCGUACCCGCUGGAAUAAUAUGAAGGAAGAGAAUAGUUUGAUGCAGAUAUGGAUUCUCAAGUUCUGUUUGAAAGUCUUAUACCCAAAGUUCAAUGUUUACACUUUUAUCGUUUUCCUAGCUAUUAAGUACAGAUAUUACUACCAUAGAGGAAUUCUAACGCAGCAAAAAAUGCAUGUUUAUAAAAUUAAAUGUCUUCCGAAAAACAUUAUAACGUCCAUAGUAAAGGAUUAUGUUGAAGAGGAAAAUAUGUUUGUUCUCUCACACAAAUGUAUCUUAAUUCCAAUAGACCAGUUCAUACAAUUAAGUGUUGAGAAUUUCUUUUACAAAGACAAUGGAGUAUUAUGGGUGAUUAUGAAAUUAGCGCCAGAUAUGAAAAGGAAAUGCAAAGAUAAAAACAAAAUCGAAAAAGACAAUAGUUUGAAAUACAAUCUUGACUUUCUCACGUCUGAAAUACACAAGAAACUAUGGACAAACUCGGACCCUCAAGCCAUGGAAAAUGAAAGAAUAGUACCUCUCAUAGGUUCAAAACUUGUACAUGAAGAUACAGUUUACGCUAAUGAAGAUGAAUUUUUAAGUAUAGCAACAUCAUUUGGUCUUGAUUAUAAUACAGAUAUAGAAGUAUCAUUUCAUCCAAUUACCUCCUUUGAAUAUUCACCAAAAAUUGCUGCAGUAGCUGAAGUGAGUUUAAUAGUAAAUGAAUACGAUCUGGAAAAUGAUUUUCUUAAAGAAGUGCUGAGUAACCACUUUGAAAUCCCUAAAAUUGUGAGCAUAAAUGAUGUUAUCGGGAUAGAACUUACUCCUUCAAUAAUGUCAAAAUAUAGUUACAAGUAUUUAGAUAUGAUAGAAUCUACUAAAAAACUCUACUUCAUUUGUAGAAAACUGCAAGGUGAUGAAACUGUAUCAAAAGUAAAAAAUAAAAUUGUAAAAACAUAUUAUAUUGUUAAAGGUGUAACUCAGUUAACUCUAGCAGAGAAUGCCCACACAACAAAACCAAAAAUUAGAUAUUUGGAAAUACAAAAUUCAGUAGGAAAUCUUUAUAAAUUACAUUUAUGUCCAGAUGGGUUGAGAGACAAAUUUAACCAAAUUCAAGAGGCUAUCAAUCCCUUUUUGAGUGGAGAAAUUGAUGAAUUGUCUGCAUCACUGGCAAGUCCCAUAAUCCCAAUGCUGCUUCUAACAGGUUCUAUUGGCUCUGGAAGACAUUUGUUGGUGAAAACAUUGGCAAAAUGCAAUGGUCUCAACUCUUUAAAUAUUGACUGCAACAGCAUACAAAACUCAACCGCAAAGCAAACAGAAAGUAAAAUCAGUUUAACGAUACAGAAAGCUAAAGCAGCUGCACCCGCCAUUGUGUUGUUAGAUAAUUUUGAAGUUUUAGCUGUAGACGCAGAGAACAAUGAAGAUUAUAGAGUUAUGGAAUACUUCGUGACAGCUAUCACAGAUUUGUAUGAAAACUACACAAAGCAUCCAAUUAUAUUCAUAGCAGUUACUACAAAAGUGGAUUUGAAACCGAAUAUGAUGCGAAUAUUUUUGGAAAAAUUUCACAUACCUACACCAAAUGUCGAGCAAAGAUAUAAACUGUUAAUGUGGUAUGCGUCGGUCAUGGGCAUAAAUAUAAAUGACAAUAGAUUAGAUAAUAAGAACUCAAACCAAAAGAAUAUAUAUAUCGAUAGUGAAGAGAACUUGUAUUUAAGCAAUUAUAUAAAAGAUGUUUUAUACAGAGUGGCAUCAAAGACAGAAACUUUUGUGUACGGUGAUUUGGAUACACUUAUGCACUUUGCCAUGAGGGAGUCCUAUUUGAAACAGAGUAAAGGAAGGUCCCUGAUAUCCAGUGAUCCCAAUCUAUGUCUCGUUAAAGAAGAAGAUUUUAGCAAUGCUUUAGAAUCGAUAAGAAACCUUCAAAGUCAACAUCUGGAUGCGCCGAAAAUCCCGAAAGUUUACUGGGAAGAUAUCGGAGGAUUGGAAAAAUUGAAAAAAGAACUAUUGAAAACGAUAGAAUUUCCAAUUAAAUUCCCGCAUCUAUUUAAAAUGUCUUCACUGAAAAGAUCAGGUAUAUUACUAUACGGCCCGCCCGGUUGCGGCAAAACAUUGGUAGCGAAGGCAGUCAGCACAGAGCUUAACGUCAGUUUCAUGAGCGUCAAGGGUCCUGAACUACUCAACAUGUAUAUUGGACAGUCUGAGGAAAAUGUCAGGAAAGUAUUCGAAGCAGCCCGAGCGUCGUCACCGUGCAUAGUGUUCUUGGACGAGCUAGACGCUUUGGCCCCCCGUAGGGGCGCCGCGGGGGAUUCCGGAGGGGCCAGCGACAGAGUUGUCAGCCAACUGCUGGCUGAGGUGGAUGGUGUUGCCAGUGGCGAAGAUGCGGAUACAUCGAGCUUUGUAUUCAUAAUGGGCGCCACCAAUAGGCCGGACUUGCUUGAGCAAUCGCUGCUGCGGCCGGGGCGCCUCGACAAACUCAUCUACGUCGGACCCUACACUGGACUACGAGAGAAGACAUCUGUUCUCAAAGCAUUAUCUAGAAGUUACAAUCUCCGCCCCGAGGUGGAACUGGAAGAUGUGGCGGCGGCUUUACCCGAGCGUUGCACGGGGGCUGACCUACUGCAAGUGGUUUCAGUCGCACGUGCGGGCGCCGUACGCGGACUAGUCGACAAGCUACACGCCGGUCAAAUAAAAGAAAGCGAGCUUAGCAGUGAUUCAGUAUUAAUAGGUGUAUCAGAGCUAUGGCAAGGAGUUGAAGCGUUCCGGCCUUCGGUUACCGAAGAAGAAUUGGCGUAUUACGAGUCACUUCAGUCACAAAUGUAAUCUUAAGCCGCGAACCUCUUAGUCUUAUCAGUUUAUAUGUCGCAAAUGAAUUCGAAUUCCGAGGUAAAACCCCUUAAUAUGACUGGACUAUACCUUUCUUCUUCAUAGGGUGCCGUCUCCUUACGAAGGUUACCAAUCAUUAGGGCUAUCUCUACUUUGGACACCGCUGCUCUAAAUAAUGAUUCGGUGCUCUUUCCAAACCAUUGUCGUAACCUUCUUCUGCCUGCCACUUUACCUUGUACGAUAAGCCGAAGAAGUUCAUACUUUUUGGUAUUCCGCAUCACAUGACCAAAAUAUCCUAAUUUUCUUUUUUUAAUUGUUAAGAUUUAAACAAAUGUAACUAAAGGGCAUUGUCUUUUGAUAUGAUUACCUAAUUAACCUCAUUUUAUAUCUGAUUCAAUUGUAUACAGGUAAAUAAUAUUAGAAAAACUUUGCUUUGGCGUUUCCUCCACAGUAUGGAAAAUACUAUUGUAGAAUUUUAAUUCCUGAUACUGGUAUAGAUUUAAAAUUUACUUCUCUUAAUUUGGGAAAAGUGUUAUUUUGGAUUGAACAUUGUUCAUAAUUAUAUAUAGAGGUGCAAUAUUGUUGAUGUUAUGAUAUGUGUGAUAAAAUAAAUAUUCGUUAAAAAAUAUA